CACAGCCCACUAGAACUGUUCCCUACAACCCUGCCCGGUAUCCAUCCUGCUCUUGCAGGAAGGGGCAGCAACAGUAGCCUGUUUUCCGUGUACUACUAAUGAUGCAGGGGAAACUGUGGGGCUGGUAGGACUUCAGCCCCAAGGCUGUCAAUGAGUGACAGCCCAGCUGCCAGGGCCUCUGCAGGUUAAUGAUUGUGGGGACAGCCAGGCAGCAGCCACCGAAUCCUCUGGGCACAGGGCACAUGUGGCCACCAGUCUCCCCCACUGGCAGAGCUGGGCACGGGGGCCAUGGGGUGCUCCCUGACUGCAGCCCCUGGCCAAGGGACCUCCAUGCCCCUGCUGAGAGGCACGCUGCAGCCUGGUAAGGGGCAGGGGGUCCCUUGCAGGCUUACCCACAGGCUGUCCCCAAGCACCAGCAGCACCUUGGGUGCCCUUGUCCCCAUAUAAGCUAUUGCAUCUGGCUUAUUUGCACUUAUGGAGUUGCCAUGUUACUCUGCAAAUAAUGACUUCCCCACACAGCCUCAUCCCACUGCUAGCACUGGUGCAUGGCAUCACUGUCCCCUCCAGAUCUGCCAUGGCACAAACCCAUGGACUAAUGGAGACGAAGCUCUACUCCCCAGCUGGGUGCCCUGCUUGGCCCAGGGUAUCUCGUCCAGCACCACAAAUGUCUCCCGGACCCUGCUGCACCAAGGGAGCAGCACGUGCUGCCAGGGUGACCCAGGCACAGGUCACACAGUGCUCCAUGCCCCAGUAGGCACAGUCCAGAGCACAGUGGGUGCCCUGACGCACUCGUGGGCAGCAGCCAUGUGGCACCAGCUGGACCCAGCUCCAGAGGAACAGAAGCAGCAUGGGCAUGCAGCCCCUCUGUGCCCGCUUGCAACUGUACUGGAGGGGCCUUUGGCCCCAGCUCUGCCCUUGGCUGCCAUGGGCACGAGCUGGCCAGGCACCACGUGGGUGGAUGGAAACUUGGCGGAGGUGUGUAAAUGAGGGGUAAUAAUAAACAGCAUUGAGGCGCAGUGACAAGCACACAGGCACUGCUCCCCUUCCACUCGACCUGGCAUCAUGCAUGCUGAGAUAAAGCUUUCUUUGUGGUGCACUGGCAUGGGCGGGCGGCAUGCCACCAUCACUGAUGACACAGGGACCACACCAGUGCCUGUCCUGCUGGCAGCAUCCUGCUGCAGUGCUGAUGCAACCACUGCCACCACCCUUGGGCCAGACCAGCAGAGCUGUGCCCUUGGGAUUGUGAGGCCGACGGGUGCGUGUAUGGCCUCAUCUCCAGUUCAGGAAGCUCCAACAGUGAGACGUCCUCUUCCUCUCCUGCAGGGGAUGAAGUGUAUGGUGCGAGGCUGCCUUAGAAGUGGUGAUGCAGAGCCUCGGGCAGGUGAGGUGGGGUGCACAGGUUGUGCAAGGCACCAUGCCCUGGGAUGUGUGCCCCGUGCCACCCCCAGGACUGCGGCUGACGUGGGAUGCUGUGGGGUUACCCAUUAACUGCAGGAAUUUCUGGGGAGGAGGUGAGCAGUGAGCAGAGGCGAGGGGCAACGCUGGGCUCCUUAGACUUUGCUCUUGACGUGCAUAUAAAGGGCCCUGGUGCCCCGUGGGCCACUUUGCUGGAGGAACGCGUGGAUUUGGCAUGAGGACAUGGCACUGCUCUGAGUGCUUGGCCAGCACCAGGUGAGCAGCACUGGUGCCACCAUUGCGUGGUUUUGGGGUGGCAGUGGUUGGAGAAGUGCAGAUGUGGCCCCACCACAGUGACGUGUGGCUGCCUCUGCUUAGACUCAGCCAGAGCAAUGCUGCCGUACCGGAGGGAGAGCCCGGCCAUGCCCCGCUGCCCGGUGCGGGGAGGAAGGGUGGUGCACGGGACCCCGUUUGCCUACUGCCCCAGUCCCCAAGGUAGGUCUUCCAGCCCUCCUCCUCACCACCCUCCUCUCCAUGCAGAGCUCAGCUCUGCUUUCCCAAACCAAGCGGGCUCCAUGCCCAGCACCUUGAGAGGACAGGGCCAUAAUGCAUGUUGGAUAUGCCUGUAUCCAGCUCUGCACAGGCUGCCGGGUGCCCACACCUGCCCCUUCACUGUGGGAGCAGUGACCUGCCCUGACCAUGGCUUCCUGUGCCCUGGCUCUCCGGGGCGGCUGGUGGAGAGCCGGGAGCGCUAUGAGCUGGAUGCACUGCCCUGGCAGGGACCUCGCCUGGGCUUGGAGGAGCUGCAGAAGCCAGAGCUGGGCUGCUGGGUGAGGGUCCAGUCCAUCUGUGUCUCCCUUCUCAAGGUGCCUCUGAUGUUUGGUUUCCUGUACCUUUUCGUCUGCUCCCUGGACGUGCUCAGCUCUGCUUUCCAGCUGGCCGGAGGCAAAGUGGCGGGGGACAUCUUCAAGGACAACGCCAUCCUCUCCAACCCUGUAGCCGGGCUGGUGGUGGGCAUCCUGGUGACCGUGUUGGUGCAGAGUUCCUCCACCUCCACCUCCAUCAUUGUCAGCAUGGUCUCCUCGGGGCUGCUGGAGGUGCGCUCUGCCAUACCCAUCAUCAUGGGCUCCAACAUUGGCACCUCAGUCACCAACACCAUCGUGGCCCUCAUGCAGGCUGGUGACCGCAGUGAGUUCAAAAGGGCUUUUGCUGGUGCUACUGUGCAUGACUGUUUCAACUGGCUGUCGGUGUUGGUCCUGCUGCCACUGGAGGUGGUGAGCGGGUACCUGCACCACGUCACCCGCCUGGUGGUAGCCACCUUCAACAUCCGCAGUGGGAAGGAUGCCCCUGACCUGCUGAAAAUCAUCACAGAGCCCUUCACCAAGCUCAUCAUCCAGCUGGACAAGUCGGUGAUCACAGGCAUCGCGACAGGGGAUGAGAGCCUGCGCAACCGCAGCCUCAUCCGCAUGUGGUGCGACCCCGCACCUCCCCAGCCUACCUGCUCUCUGCAGACAGCUGCCAGUGAGGUAGGAGUGCCUCCAAACUGCACGGCUUCUGGACACUGCAGCAGUAAUGGCAUUGGGAUCCUCCACAAUGUCACCAGGCAAAAGUGCGAGCACCUCUUCACGGACACGCCACUACCGGACCUGGCCGUGGGGCUGGUUCUGCUGGCCGGGUCCCUCAUCGUGCUCUGCACCUGCCUCAUCCUCCUGGUCAAAAUCCUCAACUCCCUGCUCAAGGGGCAGGUGGCCAAAGCCAUCCAGAAGGUCAUCAACACUGACCUCCCACACCCGUUCAGCUGGCUCACUGGGUACUUCGCCAUGGUGGUGGGCGCUGGGAUGACCUUCGUGGUCCAGAGCAGCUCCGUCUUCACCUCAGCCAUCACACCCCUGAUCGGCUUGGGGGUGAUCAGCAUUGAGCGUGCCUACCCGCUGACCCUGGGCUCCAACAUUGGCACCACCACCACCGCCAUCCUGGCUGCGCUGGCCAGCCCUGGGGACAAACUGGCUAGCUCCUUCCAGGUAUGGAGUGGGGGCUGUGAGGAGACAUGGAGAAGCCAAUGUGCCCCCAUGCCCAGCUUGAUACAACUGCCGUCCCCACAGAUUGCCCUCUGCCACUUCUUCUUCAACAUCUCCGGCAUCCUGCUUUGGUAUCCGCUGCCCUUCACCCGCCUGCCCAUCCGCAUGGCCAAGGCGCUGGGCGAGCGCACGGCCAAGUACCGCUGGUUUGCCGUGCUGUACCUCAUCAUCUGCUUCCUCCUGCUGCCCUCCCUCAUCUUCGGCAUCUCCAUGGCGGGUUGGCGGGUGCUGGUGGGGGUGGGCGCCCCUUUCCUUGGCCUCCUCUUCUUUGUGGGACUGGUGAACGUGCUGCAGGCGCGCAGCCCCGGCCGCCUGCCCAAGUGGCUGCAGAGCUGGGACUUCCUCCCGGCCUGGAUGCACUCGCUGCAGCCGCUCGACAGCCUCAUCACGCGUGCCACGCUCUGCUGCACCGACCGCUGCCGCAGCCCUGAAGGCUGGGAUGAGCGUGAGGCCGCUGCCCGUGACAAGGCCAGGCUGGGGCUGGACAACCCUGUGCUCUCCUACCCUGAGGAGAUGCCCAGCCCCGUGCUGCGGGUGGGCUCCCCACACCUGGCCCCGCACAGUGCCACCCGCCUUUAGCCAUUUCCACUUCCCCUGGUGUCUAAUAAAGGCUGAGCACCUGUGUCCCUGCUGCGCAUCUUCAGCCCCUGUCCUGCAAAUCCUGACUGCUGUGUGCAUGCAGCACUGAGGCACUGCCCCGCAGCCCAUGGUGCCCAGCACUGGGGCAGCACCAAGCACGAUGCUUGGCACCACAGCGGCACAGCGAUGCUGCAGCCAAACCCAUACUGUGCUCUGCAGUUUGCCAUUGCUCUGCUGGCAGUAUCACUGCAUCCCUUAUCCCUGGAGAGCUGAGCCGCAGGGAUGAGGUCGGUGCCACUCCACUCAGUGUCAUGGCAGAGUGUAAUUGCUGGGGCUCAGCAGAAUACUGGCUUGGCACGGCAUAGCACCACAGUGCCCAACACCACGGUGGAAGCUCACCUGCCCCAGUGACCCCGGCAG